UCAGACGUGGUUCUUCAAAGUGGAAUCCUACUGUACAAUACCAAAGGCGGAGUAUAUUAUCCUACAUUAAAGAAAUGGGAUAGUCAGCACCCUCUGACAGAAAUUCAGUAAAAGUGGUGUGACGUUGAGGCGAGGCGUGAGAUGUGGUUAUCAACUUUUACUCUUAAAAUGGUUCCACGACUGAUUUUUGACUCAAUUGUAUGUAUUCUCAUCGUCGCGGGCGAAGUAUACGAGCGUGAGCGUGAACUUCAACGCGCUCUUUUAAGACUUGACCGUAGUUGCGAUCUCGGCUCCUGCUUUCCCGCCUUCGGGGACCUCCUCAUCGGUCGUGAAGACCGUCUUUCUGCUACGUCUACGUGUGGAACCUACAAACCCGAAAGAUACUUUACAGAUUUGAGAAGGAAAACCUGCUUCUGGUGUGACUCCAGUGACGACACUGUAAACAAUUUAAAAUUAAACCAUAGAAUACAUAACGUUAUUUACAAAUAUUCCGGAACGCGUGGCGAAUCGUGGUGGCAAUCCGAGAAUGGCAAAGAAAAUGUUUCAAUUCAGUUGGAUUUGGAAGCAGAAUUCCAUCUUAAACAAUUAAUCAUGCAGUUCAAAACAUAUUUACCAAAGGCCAUGUUAGUAGAGAUAUCAAGCGAUUUUGGGAAAACAUGGAGUGUAUGUCGUUAUUUUGCGUACAAUUGUACUGAAUCUUUUCCCGGAGUUCCGGAGAUAACAAUCUCUUUGACAGAAGUUGUUUGCGAACCGCUAUAUUCUGGAGUUAUCCCAUCAACUGACGGGACUGUUAACCUUAGAUUUUUGCCGCUAGGUAUCGGUCCGUAUUCCGAGGAAUCAAAGAUUUUUUACCGCUCGACUAACCUUCGGAUCAACUUUACACAACUUCACAGUUUUGCUUCAAAUGGCAAGAUAUUACACAAUAGUGACAACAGAGCGGCAAUUGGAGAUAACUACUACGCCAUUAAAAAAAUCACUGUUCUUGGUUCUUGUUUCUGUAAUGGACACGCGGCAAGAUGUAUACCGUUUUCCGGAAACGACUCAAAUGACAACAUGGUUUACGGUCGCUGCAAGUGCGCUCAUAAUACGCUCGGAAUGAAUUGCGAACAUUGUGAUGAUUUGUUCAAUGAUUUACCUUGGCAGCCAGCUGUUGGAAAGAAAACUAAUGCGUGUAAAAAAUGUCCCUGUAAUAAUCUUGCUACAAAAUGCCAUUUUGAUCCCGAACUUUAUAACAAAAGUGGAAAGUUACGUGGUGGUGUUUGUGAUAAUUGACAACAUAAGACUACGGGUAUACAUUGUGAACGUUGCCAAUCGAAAUUUUAUCAAGACCCUCACUUAGACAUUCAAUAUCUUUACUUAUGUAAGUUGUGCCUGCGAUCCUAAAGGUGUUACACAUCAAGAAGACUUUAUGUGUGAUGCCCAAACCGACUUAUUAAAUAACAAAACCGCCGGCCACUGUGUCUACAUAUGUAAAAGUGGAUUCUGGAACUUCAAUAGUACUAAUCUGGAUGGCUGUGACUGCUGUGAGAAAUGCAAUGCACCAAAUUAGAACCCGUUAAACAACCAAAGUUGCGCCCCAUCUAAUGGUGCUUCUGUAAGAGUCCUAACUGGAAGAAAUCACGAUCAGUGUCUUCCCGAGUUUUACGGAUUGUCAGACUCGGACAACGGAUGUCCACCCUGUGAUUGUGACCAGUGUUGAUAUGAAGGUGAUAUGGAUGUGAAAUGUAAUGCAAUUACAGGACAAUUAAAUGCCAACCAAUUGAUACGACUAGACGUAGGUGCAAUCAUCUUUUGUAAAUAAUAAUUGUAGUGUAUAGUGAAUAAUACCUACCUCUACCUACGCACAAUAAUGGCUUACGUGGCAAGAGUGCUACUUCUAACAAAAUCUUUCGGUAGGGUAGAAGCCACGUGAGUCAAAGUGUUUGUAUGAAGCUUUUCCGUUUAAGUAAUUAAACAAUUACAACAAUCUUAAACAUUAAUAAAUAUUACU